GACAGGGUGGAGCCGCCGGAGAGCCCUGCAGCCCCGGGGCCGGGGCCAGGGCCGGCCAGGCUGCUCCCCGCAGCGGGCAGCGCCCGAGCGGCAGAGCCCGGGGCCGGGAGCGGGGCCACGGCUGCCGCCCGCGGGCCCACGCGUGCCGGGGAUCCGCCGCCCGCCCUCGCUGCUGCCGGGCUCUAUGUGGCCAUGGAGAAGUUGUACUUCGUGGGGAGCAGCGUGUGGACGAUCAACAGCUCCCUGGGGAACGGCAGCCUCCGCCUGGAGAACCAGACCUCCGGGAGGAACAGCACCACGGACCCCCUGAAGAGGAACGAGGACAUGGCCAAGGUGGAGGUGACGGUCCUCUGCCUCAUCCUCUUCCUCGCCCUGACCGGCAACCUGUGCGUGCUGCUGGCCAUCCACACCACCCGGCAGAAGCACUCCCGCAUGUACUUCUUCAUGAAGCACUUGAGCAUCGCUGACCUGGUCGUGGCCAUCUUCCAGGUGCUGCCCCAGCUCAUCUGGGACAUCACCUUCAGGUUUUACGGGCCAGAUUUCCUCUGCCGGUUGAUCAAGUACUUGCAGGUAGUGGGGAUGUUUGCUUCCACAUACAUGCUCUUGCUGAUGUCCCUGGACCGGUGCUUGGCCAUCUGUCAGCCGCUGAGGUCUCUGCACAGGAGAGCAGACCGGGUCUCUGUCCUCCUCACCUGGCUGCUGUGCCUGCUGGUCAGCAUCCCUCAGAUCCACAUAUUUUCUCUGAGGGAUGUGGGGAAUGGGGUUUACGACUGUUGGGCAGAUUUCAUCCAGCCCUGGGGACCUAAAGCCUAUGUCACCUGGAUAACCCUCAUGGUCUACAUCAUCCCUGUGUUGAUGCUGAGCAUCUGCUAUGGCUUAAUCAGCUUCAAAAUCUGGCAGAACGUGAAGCUUAAGACAGCUCAAGGGUCCAACAUGGGUCUGAGCUCCAGUUCCCACAGCGGGAUGGUGUUUGCCAGGGUCAGCAGCACCAGGCUCAUCUCCAAAGCCAAGAUCCGGACAGUCAAAAUGACCUUCAUCAUAGUGUUAGCGUUCAUAGUGUGCUGGACUCCCUUUUUCAUUGUGCAGAUGUGGUCUGUGUGGGACACGAAUGCUCCGCAGGAAGCCUCCCCCUUCAUCAUCGCCAUGCUCCUGGCCAGCCUCAACAGCUGCUGCAACCCCUGGAUCUACAUGCUGUACACGGGGCACCUCUUCCACGACCUGAUACGGCGCUUCCUCUGCUGCUCCACGCGGUACCUGAAGUCCCGGCCGGCGUGCGACCUGAGCGUCAGCAAGAAGAGCAACUCCUCCUCCUUCGUCCUCAGCUGCAAGAGCACGAGCCAGAGGAGCUUCACGCAGCCGACCACGGCGUGAGGGCAUCGCCGGCCGGGACCUUGCGCUGUCUCCAGCGCUUCCCUGGGGAAGGCUGGGAUUCGGACAAGCAAGGCGGGCUCUAUAUAAAUAGGUGUAUAUACAUCUGUGCGCGUGUAAGCAUGUACAGCGGUCAUUAUUUAAUGAGGUGGGAGGGAGGGGAGGACUUCUGUGGGCCAAGCUUCAGCGCUGCCUGGAACUGGGCACCAGGAACCUGCUUCUGAGCCCCCAAACUGCCCUCGGUGGUUUUGAAGCACCGCUGGGAGGGACAGGUUUUGCCCCGGGUGCUGCCGUGCUCCUGGGGCAGGUGUGCUACGUCCCCGGCGGGUGCAAGGGGCUGGAGCACAGGGCGAGAGGUGCCACCCUGGGCACGUGGGCAUCGGGCACUGGCCCCAUCUCUGCCCGCAGCAGGAAUUCCGCAGGAUACCAGCACCUGGCUGGCGUGGAGCAUGGGCACCGCGCUCUCAAUAUGCUGGGAAGUGCUGUGGGGCAGAGGGAGCCCCAUCCCCUCAUCCCCCCUGCAUCCCCUCAUCCCCAUAUCCCCGCAUCCCUGUAUCCCUGCAUCCCCACAUCCCUGCAUAUCCCCUCAUCCCUGCAUCCCCUCAUCCCCAUAUCCUCG